CUGUCAUUCUCCUCCCCGCCCUCGGAUUUCAUAAGACAGCUGUCGAAGUAGACAAUCAAAUUCUGUCACUGUUAUCAGCUGAAAAAAUUCUUCAAAAAUUGUUCAGCGUUUUCCCUUUCGGAGUAAUUUAGCAUCUAUAAUGGCUGAGAAAUCAGAUGCCCAGUCACACUAUAAUGGUUCUGGUAAAAGAGUGGCUGUUGUUGGUGCUGGUGUUAGUGGGCUUGCUGCAGCAUACAAAUUGAAAUUACAUGGUGUGAACGUCACAUUAUAUGAAGCUGAAGAAAGAGCUGGUGGGAAAUUACGAAGUGUUUCACAACAUGGUCUAGUUUGGGAUGAGGGUGCCAAUACAAUGACGGAGAGUGAGAUAGAGGUCGGAAGCUUGCUUGAUAAUCUUAGGCUUCGAGAGAAGCAACAGUUUCCAAUUUCACAGAACAAGCGGUAUAUUGUAAGAAAUGGAAUGCCAGUCCUGUUACCCUCAAAUCCUAUUGCGCUGAUCAAGAGCAAUAUCCUGUCAGCAAAAUCCAAGUUUCAGAUAAUUUUGGAGCCAUUUUUGUGGAAGAAGAGUGACCUUUCAAAGGUGUCUGAUGAUCAUAUGAAGGAAAGUGUGGGUGGGUUCUUUCAGCGUCAUUUUGGGAAAGAGGUUGUUGAUUAUUUAAUUGACCCUUUUGUGGCGGGUACAAGUGGAGGUGAUCCUGAAUCACUUUCUAUGCAUCAUACUUUUCCAGAGCUAUGGAAUCUGGAAAAAAGGUUUGGUUCAAUCAUAGCUGGGGCAGUUCUGUCCAAGUUAUCUGCUAAAAGAGAAAAACAAGGAGAAAUAAAGGGUUCUUUGGAGAAAAAGAAGCGUCAGCGCGGUUCAUUUUCCUUCCAGGGUGGAAUGCAGACGCUCACUGACACAUUAUGCAAAGAGCUUGGCAAAGACAAACUUAGACUCAAGUCAAAGGUGUUGUCAUUAUCUUACAGUCAUGGUGAGAAGUCUGCAUUAGAGAAUUGGUCAGUUGCUUAUGCUUCAAACCUUAGAAAGCAAUCAAAAGAUUUAUCUUUUGAUGCUGUUAUCAUGACAGCUCCUCUCUGUAAUGUUCGAGAAAUGAAGAUCAUGAAAAAAGGAAACCCCUUCCUGCUUGACUUUCUUCCUGAGGUGAGUUAUUUGCCACUCUCAGUUAUAAUCACCACCUUUAAAAAGGAGAAUGUCAAGAGGCCCCUUGAGGGAUUUGGAGUUCUUGUUCCUUCCAAAGAGCAACAAAAUGGUUUAAAGACCCUUGGUACACUCUUUUCCUCUAUGAUGUUUCCAGACCGUGCUCCCAAUGACCUAUAUCUCUAUACUACCUUCAUUGGGGGAAGUCGAAACCGGGAACUAGCAAAAGCUUCAACGGAUGAGCUCAAGCAGAUAGUCACCUCUGACCUUAGACAGUUACUGGGUGCAGAGGGGGAGCCAACAUUUGUGAACCAUUUCUACUGGAGUAAAGCAUUUCCAUUAUUUGGGCACAACUAUGAUUCAGUUCUAGAAGCCAUUGACAAGAUGGAAAAAGAUCUUCCGGGAUUCUUCUAUGCAGGUAACCAUAAGGGCGGGCUUUCAGUUGGAAAAGCAAUAGCCUCUGGGUGCAAAGCAGCUGAUCUCGUAAUAUCCUACCUCAAAUCUUCGUCAGAUGGUAAGAUGUUCAAGGAGUGAUAAACCAUUACUGUACACAUGGGAAGACAAUACACUUGUAUUCUCUUCUCUCAGAUCUCGAGAAUGUAGUAAUAGACGUUGUAUGUAUCUGCCUUGUGAAGGAGAAUCCAAGAACCGCCCCUUUCCUUCAAGGGGCGAAAGAGAAUCCAAAAUCUUCAUUCUAUGAGUCAAAUUCUUCAAUCUUCUCUACCUCUAUUAUUUACAUUGAUGAACAUUCUAUCACUAACUUCUGCUCCCAAAUCCAUCUUCUAAGUUAUGUUU